CGAAUUUCGACGGACCGAAGGAAAGCGAGGAACUCCGACCGAAGAAACCAGAAGAAGGUGAAAGCACGAGAAAUCGACGGAGAGAUGGCGGUGAUGGAGAAGCUGAAGAUGUUCGUGGUUCAGGAGCCAGUCGUUGCAGCUUCUUGCUUCAUUGCUGGUGUUGGCCUCUUCCUUCCAGCUGUGGUGAGGCCUAUUCUUGAUUCAUUGGAAUCAUCAAAGCAAGUUCGUCAACCUGCUUUGACUGAUGUGGUCGCAGGUGUGACUGGUAAGAAGGCCUGAUGUGCUGUGUAGAUUGAAAGGACUUCAGAAUUUUUUUCAAGUACUAGUACACUCAUUACCAAUGAAAUAAGCUCAAAUCUUGAUUAUGAAACUCUUGAGAUGAGAGUGAUUUAUUUCUACAUCAUCCUACUUAACAUGACAACUUCACUUUUGUUUGUUGCUCGCCUGAUUUCUACAUCCAGGAAGGAGCUGGUGUAUUUGCUGUAGAGUAAAAGCCUUGUUGUUUGAUUUAAUUGCUUGGAACCAAUUUAGAUAUUGACGAUCAACUAUCCAACUUGUUCUUAUUCCCUUAAAUUUCAAGGUUGGAUUCAGGAGCAUCAAUAUUAGUCAUUUCAACGGAGCAUGGCGAGAACAAUGGCAAUUCGACACUGGACCAUGCAGCAGCGGCGGCCUCGAGGCCCACAACUCAAUACGGAGAUGGGCUGAAACUUAAAUUUAGUAUCGUUGGGCCAUCCGCAGGCCCACUUACAGAAACCCAAAACAUGAGACAAUUUAUCGUUGGAUUUGUUUAAUACACUGAUGUGGUGCUC